GAAACUUCGCAUCCAUUUUGCUUGAAACCUAUUGUUGAAAUAUCUAAACACAUUUGUGGCAAAAUUACAAUGAAUGUAACACCGGAGCAAGAAAUAGAACAGUUGAAAUCACUGCUAGAAUAAUGGCGGUGUUUUGUAAAUAUCCCACAAAAACAAAACUCGUUAAUGAUAAUGGAGUUAUUGGUGAAGUCGGACGCAUGUUGACGCAAGUGGUAAACUUAUGGAUUUAUUAUUGUUUAUAUUAAUCACUUUGCAAAUAAUAAAAAUCAAUUCGAGAAAAUACGCGUCUUCCUCCGACGAGAGUAUAGAGAACUUGCUCUACUACAAAGACUGUCAGCACAAAAAGAAAGAGGAGCCUGCAACAGUUACUCCAACAGUCCUCCGAGCUCCUGAUAUCCCAAGAAACAGGGAACCAGAUUGCCCAUUCCCAAGAAUGUGUUGCGCUUUGAGUUGUGGAAACGAGUGUGGUUCUCCACCAUUUUCGGGAAGAAAUAUGGAGCCUUUACCACAAAAUUUCUUAAAGCCAAUCCCAUCACCACCAAGACAGCCGCUAAUAUCAGUGCAACCGGUGCCACAGAAAGGAAAGAAAAAGAGGAUAAAACCACAGCCAAAGAUCCCGCCGAUUGGAGGCCGAAGAGAUUUCGGAUUCACGAAGGAGAAAAUUAAAAGCCUAAUAUCCCAAGACGACGAUAUAAGGAAGAUUUUGAAAGACCUCGUGAGGGUCACGAUGCAGAAGGUGGAUUUAAUGGAUAUGAUAAAUGGUAGAAGUCCUGUUGCGAAGAAUGUUAAGUCUGAAGUUUCUGAUAGUGAAGAUGAUUAUUGACAUCGAGUAAUUAAUGUUUGUAUAAGUAAAUAUUUUUAUCGGGAGAAAUGGUAUUGAACAGUGUUAUUUUGUUGGGUUUUUGCUUCAUAAUUCUGAAAUUAUAAAAUUGUAACAAAAAAAAA